AGGGAGACUUGCGGUAUGGAUGACAGCGUUGAUCCCGAUGACGUUGGGGCGACUUCUUGCGAUCCCUCCGAUAGAGCGAAUGGAGAGAGAUUCGUCCCCUUCUUCGCAGCACGUCGGGCGUUACUGUCAUGUCAUCACUACCGUAGUCCAGCAAAUCAGUUCCUCGAACUGGGCUCUAUUAGUUUGGGGAAGUGCCAUGCUGAUAUUGAAGAUGUGUUGGGCAAGAAUAAACAGCUGUACAUAGAAACACCUCUUCCGGAAGACAACCUAAUUUGGAUAUAUGCGAAGACGUCAAAUAAGAACAAGAGAAAAAGCAGGGGAAGAUGUCCAAAAUCGCAAAAUGGAUUGACAUCAUUUCUUAGAAUCAAACCAUCACAUAAAGGAAGAACACUCCUACAGUAUCCGGCAGAAGCCUUCUCUUUGUGCGGCUUUGAGAUGCGUUGGCAGAUUGAUUCCGGAAAACUAGUGUUACAUGUUUACCUCAAGGACUCUGUUAUCAAAGACAUGGAUGUAGCGCAAAGGGUUGGAGAAAUCAGAAAUCUGGUCCGAGGAGGUUCCAACCGUUGUGCCAAUGCUGUUCUUGGCUUGGUAUAUCCGCAGUUUGCUAAGACCCUCAAGAAGCAAUCUAAUCUCUGGGCUGAAGUGCCGAUUAUCGACCAACGUGAAAACUUCGAUGAAUUCUUUGACGCAGUCCGCGAACGACGAAAGGAGCCUCCUACGUACGAGCUGAAGUUGGGUGGGCUGAGUACUAACCUACUUCCUUUCCAAAAGGAUGCAGUCAACUUCAUGAUAAAUCGGGAGAUCAAUUCUCCUGUUGAUCGCGGAGAUUUGCUGAAAACCAUUGCAUUGCCUGGACAUCGCAACAUUCAAUAUCUUCCUUGCUUGGGGAUUUUCAUCCGCAAUGCAAACAAGUUAACUUGUGUCGAUGAUGAAGUACAAGGUGGAAUACUUGCUGACGAAAUGGGUUUGGGAAAGACAGUGGAACUACUGGCACUUAUCCUCACAAACGGUCGCGGGGAUAAACAACCCGUAUCUUUUCGUGAAGAAAAUGAACCAGCUGAAUUUGAUCUGCGAAGUGGUGUUGACAAGGAUGUGGCAGCUACGGUUGAAUUUCUGACGUCUUCUGUUGUUGCUAUGGCCGAUACUGAGUUUCUGGCUCCUCCCAAAAAGCGUUUCCGAAGCGCAGCCGGUUCCAGUGGUAGAGGACAGAGCGUUAUCUGUACUAUCUGUAAGAAACGACAUCGACUGGCCGAUGUGCACUGGUCCCGAGAUUAUGAGAAAGACGGGCGAUUGUUCAUAUGUCCACUGUGUAUUGAGAAUAAUAAAAUGGAUUUCGAGGUUUCGACUACUUUGAUAAUAGUACCAGAAUCGCUGUUGCAUCAGUGGUAUGAAGAAAUUCGCCGACACUGCAAAGAAGAGGUGAUCAUCGAUGUGUACUAUGGUGUUGGCGCUGAAGGGUACAAACAUCCGGUAUAUAUGGACACAUGUGAUAUCAUUCUAUGUAGCUACGAAACCUUGCAAAAAGAGAUCUUCUAUGUACCUUCGGGCUCAGGAGCAAUUGAACUACGGAAACGUCCUCGACCAAGCACUCAAAAGUAUCCCAGCCCACUUCUAGCCGUGAAUUUUCUGCGGAUCUGCCUAGAUGAGUCUCAGCUUGUGGAAAGUAAAGUGAAAGCUGCCGCCAGGAUGUGUUCGUUCCUUCGAGGUCGCUACCAUUGGUGUGUUACAGGCACCCCGCUGUCAAAGUCUGUUAAUGAUUUAUACGGGCUUGUAUGCUUUCUUGGACUAUUUCCCUAUUAUAUCGACUCUGUAUGGGAACAUUAUUUGUUUAACCCAUGGACCACUGGGAAAAAGAAGGCAAUGAUCAAUUUGUUUACACAGUUGAUGUGGAGAAAUACGAAGAGGGAUGUGGCUGACCAAUUGGAUAACAUCGUCCGCGAAGAUCUCCUUGUUGAGCUAUCAUUCUCACCUAUUGAGGAGAGACUCUAUUCUGCAAAAAUAGAGAAAUCUAAGGAGAAAAUGCGGACAUUACUGGAUUCUCUGCUUUGCAACAACGAUCCAGAGACUCCGCUGAGUUCACUUCCGUCAGCAACUGUAGAUGCAAUUUUUGCUAUUAUCAAUGAUGUUAGGAUCUCAAUAUUAGCUGGAGAGUCACAUAAACACAAAAAGGAUCUAAAUUGUAUAGCUGAUUUUCGUAUGUUUUCACCUAAGCUAAUAUUUCGGAAACUAUUUGAAGACGCUAGAACUGCCGUUGUUCAACGUCAUCGUGAAAUGGUCGCAAAUCGAAAUGCACUGGCUGGGAUCUAUUUACUUUUGGGAGAAGAACAUCAGGCCCUGGAUUGGUACAAGCAAGCCUAUAGCAUACAUGAAGAGCAGAAAGAACUGAAUCGAUUGCUUGGUUUGGAGGGAACGCAUGAAAUUUUGGAAGAAGUGAAAGAGGAACACAAGGAGCAUAAGGGUGAGGAAGAGGAAGAACAAGAUGAGCAGGAUCUCGAUGAAACCAAAAAAUGUAAACCUUUGGAAAUAGACUCUCUACAGAUGAUCCAUAUAACAAGAAAUAUGAAGGAGCUAGCUGAAAAACUAGAUGCCGCCAAGAAAUUUGUUGAAGCAAAUGACCUAGCACAGCUGGAAGAAAGAUAUCAUCAAAGAUACGUAAGAGUUGAGUCGGCUUUGGUAACUCGCGUUAAGAGAAAAUGGUGCGAACUGGAUGCGAAGUGGAGGGAAAUUGAUGGAAAGUUUGAUGCUGGUAGAAUGUCAUACGCGAUCAUGUUAGACAAUAUGGCUGGAACAUAUGCAUUCAAGGAGUUCGAAGGAACUGUACCUUUCUUUCGGAAAUCGCAACGAUCCGAAACUCCUUUGACAGCUUUCGAAUUCUUGUUGUCUUUCGACGAAGAGAUGCUUUCUCUCCGACGGGUGUUCACAGAUUUCUAUAAAAUGUUAGAGCAGUUGUUACUGCCAUUUCAGCCAAAGGCAAGGGAUGGCGAAUGCUUUGUGAUGGAAGAGACUUUAGUUCCGCCACGUUCCGAUCUCAAAGAAUUUUCGGAUUUGCUAGCUUGCAAACAUAAUGUGUGGUAUCCGGUGGAUUCGGUUGAGGGCUUGCCAAACAUUCCAGACUUAUUUGCAUUCUCGCCUGUGAAUACUUGUACUCGAUGCAAGGUGGAGGCAAUGAUGUCACAAAUCUCUCUAGAUCUCAAUCGAAGAGGAAAAGCUUGGCAUGAGCUCAUCCUUAUCCGCAUGUACAGAUCAUCUAAAAACGAGGUUAUGACAGUGGUUCAUCCAUUCUAUGAAAUAUUGCUGAAAUGGCUAACCCUCAUCGAGAAGAUGCUCCGCGUUGGACGGGAAAUCACUACAUACGUACAAGAAUGGGUGAACAGAGAGAGGGAACUGGUCAUGGGUGCGACGCGAUUCCAGUUUGGGAUGAACAUCUCGAUACCGUAUUUACCACGACCACUCUUGCUGUCAAAAUAUACAUUGGAUAUACCUAUAGCCAUAUAUAGUCGUAGUGAGACUGUUUCGGCUAAGGCGCUCUCCAGUUCUUUGAGUGCUCUUCGCUAUCUGAACACCUUGCAGCGAGAAAACCAGUCUGAUACUGUGAGAGAAUGUCCCUGCUGUUAUAUGGAGUUGAACGACAUCUGGAUUGUAUUCCCUUGUGCCCAUAUUGUAUGCGCGGCUUGCAUGAAAAAAUUGAAAUCGAUGCCGUCACUUCCGAAUAAAGUGCGUUGCAUAACUUGUCGUCAAGUUUUUCCUGUGGAUGCUACAAUGUAUGUAGUAGACAAGAAGGAUGAGCUGAUUCCAGGAGUGCGUUUGACGGUGAAGUUUGAGCAAAUCAUUCGUCGUCUGAAGAAGUUGAUUGAAGAAGAUAGCACAAACAAGAUUUUGGUUUUCACGUCCAUUGCUGCAGCCAUUCCACCAUUUGCUGCACUGCUAAAACUGCUAAAGCUUCCAAACUUGGUACUUGACAAAGGAUCGAAAUCAAAGACUCUAAGUAUGUUCCGAAGUGACCCGAAUAUCAAAAUUCUUGUUAUGCCACUACGAAUGGGAGCUAAUGGUCUAAAUCUUACGCAAGCUAAUCACGUCAUAUUCAUGGAGCCGAUCACUGAGACAUCUGUAUUUGCACAGGCUGUUGGUCGAAUUGAUCGUAUAGGCCAACGUAGGGCAAUCACUGUGCACAAUUUCGUUGUCAAAGGCUCUAUCGAGGAAGAGAUCUAUGCAAUUGUUAACAGUGGUACGGAGCAGAGCAAAUGGACGCUAAAUACUUUGCGCCAAGUGUUUGGUCUAGAGACUGAGAAUCAUGUGGAAAACGACGAUAUCCUAUUAGAAGAGCUUUAAUUUUUGAUCACGGGUCUAAUUCUUGAGUUUCUUUACGCACUCAUGUUUAUCAUUCAUGCUUUUUUCUUAACACCUUAUUCUAACCGUUUCGAAUUCUGGUCGUAACUUAUGGGCUGUAAUACUUCUGGAGUUCCUAAUAAUAGGCUGACUUGGUAACUUUUCAUCUCCUCACCCCGCAAUUCUUGAUGCACUGCCGGCGUUGCAAUUUUUGCAUCUUUCAAUCGCAUUCUGAGCUGGCUUUCUUUGGUAUACUUUGAUCUCUAAGACAAUCUAUUCUGGAAAAAAUUAUAUCAUUUGAAGCGUCGCGGUCAUUGUGCUAUUAGUUAGUUUCUAAUCCAUUUACAGCUUCAGCUACAUUACUGAAUACAAAGACGCUGGGUUUUGAACUCAUUUUGUUUUCCUUUCAUUCAGUUUUUCUGCACGACCCCUAGGCAGCAAGUUUCUGCAUUCUAAACCCAUUUUAAGAUAGUUUGGAUUUAUAACCUACCUAUUACGUUUCUAGGCAGCAUUCGUAGAGGUCAGACCUUGCAGCUGGCCUAACUGGUGACAUUCCCCCUUUAAAUGUCAUGUCAUCUAAUAGUAACAUCAUAGUUAUGAAUUUUAACUCAUUUUUUGAGUUGUAGGGGAUUAUAUGAUUGUGCAAUUUCAUUUCAGUUGCUUGUGACUUGGAAGUGAUUGUGAGGUAUUUUAUAGGGUAGAUUUGCAUGUUUGUUCUAGCAGAAUUUCAUUUUACUGUUUUCGGUAUUUCUUUCCCCUCAAUAGUUCUUCUCAUUAGCAACGUUUGUAAGUUUGCAGAAGUCCUCGAAGAAGCCUCGCUUUUUUGUAGCGCUUCCUUGGUGAGUCUUCCGGUGUUGUUGUUGUAUGCUAGCAAUAGAGCUUUACUUAUCAUUGCCAAAGUCCGAAACUUUUCAAGUUAGAGUUGUGCUUGUUUGCAGAUAAUCUGGUCUUUUUAGAUAAAUAGUUAUUGUACUC